AUGGCUCCUCACACUCAGCGGGUUGCUGUCAUCGGCGCUGGCAUAAGCGGCGUAGUAGCUGCUGGCCACUUAAGAAAAGAGGGUAUCGAUGUCACAGUUUUUGAACGUUCCAACGCGGCAGGAGGUGUAUGUCCAUGUUACUCGGGGUUGAAAAACAAUGUGGGCACGCGGCUACUGGAAACAACAUUGAACCGGUUUCCCACCGACACUCCAGAUUUUGUAACGCAUGAUGUACUGGAAGAAUACAUUCAAGAUACUGCAGUAAGAGCAGGAGUUCAUGACGUUACGAAGUACGAUACCGAAGUCAGAAACGUGACGAAAAAUGAAAGAGAAUGGGUCGUAGAGACAUCGACCCUUCGUAUUGACCCGUCUGGAGGCAUCUUCCAGGAGACUUGUUCUUCAGAGUUCGACGCCGUUGUUGUAGCAUCUGGGCAUUACCAUUCGCCAAGACUGCCUGACAUCCAUGGCUUAGCAGAAUGGAAACGUAGAUGGCCUGACAGAAUUCAACAUUCGAAAAGUUACCGGAGACCAGAAGAGUUCCAGGGCAAGAACUUCUUGCUGAUUGGAGGGGGUGUGUCUGCGACAGACAUCGCUCGCGAGCUUGCUCCAACAGCCCAAACCAUCUACCAGAGUUCUCGGAACGGUGCCUUCGAUCUCUCCGCGAACCUACUGCCAGAGAACGGAAUCCGAAUUGCUGAGGUCAUAUCUUUCAACACAGGAAGCAGUGAAAGUAGUGAAGACAGUGACAGCAGUCAAGACAGCUCGAAUAGCAAAAUCAGCUCGUCACUGGCCACACAAGAACCUAUCCCAGCUACCAUAGCCCUCAGAUCAGGGCAAACGCUCUGUGAUAUUCACCACGUGAUACUUUGCACGGGCUAUCACCCCACUCUGCCGUUCCUCCCGCAUCUUCACUCCGACGAAACGGCCGUUGACAAGGCCAAUGAAAGCCUUCUCGUCACAGACGGAUCACAAUUUCACAACCUGCACCAAGACAUUUUCUACAUCAAGGACCCCUCUCUUGCAUUCGUUGGCGUACCGUUCUUCACUGCGACCUUCACGCUCUUCGAGUUUCAGGCUAUGGUUGUGGCCAAGGUACUAUCUGGAAGAGCAAAGCUUCCCAGCGAACAGGUCAUGCGAGCAGAGUACGAGGAGAGAGUGAAGACUAAAGGGUAUGGGAAAGCAUUCCAUAGCCUGAGGAAUCAGGAAGAGGAGUAUGUAAACGGCCUCUUAGAUUGGGUGAACAAAGACCUUGACCUUGUUGGAGAACAGAGAUUGGAGGGUUAUACAGAACAGUGGAAAACCGCGAGAGAAGAACAGGUACAAAGGGUGAAAGCCUUGUAUGCUGUUGAGUCGACACCAGGCAGAAAACUUGAAGUGACGUGCUGCCGUGGUCGUCAACGUCAAUUCGUCGAGGAUAUUCGGAUAGGCCUUAUCAAUCUUAGCGGAAUGUGA